ACCUUAACUACUCAAGUAGCUGCGUUGUCCAAAAAGCUUGAUACACUGGGAGUUCAUGCAGUUCAAAAUUCAUUAGUAGUUUGUGAGAUGUGUGGAGAUAGUCAUUCAUAUGAUCAAUGUCCAUACAAUUCCGAAUCAGUCCAGUUCGUGGGGAAUUUCAACAGGCAGCAAAAUAACCCAUACUCUAAUACUUAUAAUCCUGGUUGGAGAAACCACCCCAACUUUUCAUGGAGUAACAAUGCAGGGCCUUCCAAUCCAAAACCCAUCAUGCCUCCUGGUUUUCAACAACAAGCUAGACCACAAAUUCCAGAAAAGAAGUCCCAAUUGGAAGAACUCCUCUUGCAAUAUAUAUCCAAGACUGAUGCCAUAAUUCAAAGUCAAGGAGCCUCCUUGAGAAAUCUUGAGACCCAAGUGGGACAGCUCGCCAAUUCCAUCAACAAUAGACCUCAAGGUUCCUUACCCAGUGACACACAAAUCAAUCCUAAAGGUAAGGAACAAUGCCAAGCAAUCACUUUAAGGAGUGGAAAAGAGAUUGAAGGGGUGAAUCAAAAAGCAGUUGAAUCUGAGAUUGAACAUGUUGAUAAGGAGGAAUGUGUGAGAAGAAGAAUUGAAUCAACAAAAGAUGUGACAAGGCUGAAAAUCAAGGAACCUCUCAAUCUCCAUCCUCCACCACCUUUCCCCAAAAGCUUCAAAAGCAAGAACUUGAAAGCAAUUUCAGAAGUUCCUCAAUGUCUUCAAGAAAUUACACAUAAAUAUUCCUUUUGCUGA